GAUCCGCAGGUUCCAAGUGACAUAUCCGAGCAGGAGGCAGCUGAGCAGGCGGACCAUCCCGGCGGGGAAGGAAAAAACGGGUGGUGAUGAUGUGGGGAUCCGAGUGAGGGGCAAACCUGAUCCACUUAAGGCAUCUUGACUACAUCCAAAAAAGGAGGCAGUGAAUGCAGCACCAAAACUCCUAAACUCCUUUUAGCCCACUUUGUGUCACUUUGGAAAUGAUUCAACUUUGUCUUUUUCUCCCAUGAAAACAACCUGGAUCUUUUCCAUUUGCUCUUCUCUUCAUCGUCUGUCCUGUGUCAAUGUCUGGCUUUCUGCGUGGACUUCCUCCCGCGGAGCUCCACCGCUAUGUGCGCUCAAGUCCGGCGCCCUGCUCUGUCCAUAGAUGGAGCUUGUGGUGACGUAAUUGGCGAGAACGCGCACGUAAGAGCAGAGCGAUCAGUCGCACCAAAUUUAAAACCCCAUGAAUUAUUGGAUAUAAGUAGUCUCUUCGAAUGUUUUUAGUUCAUUAUGUGUUUUUUUAAUCAAUAUGUCAGCAGGAACUUUGGCGUGACGUUUUUAAUGUGCACACGAGCUCCUUAAUAUUAGGCACACCUGGCUAAUGUUGAGCAAUCCAAGCUAGCUAUUUUGAUAACCGUCGAUCACUGUCAAAGAGCUAUCUUUUAGCAACAUGACAUAAUGUCAUGUCAAGUAAUGCUCUUUGUUCUUUAUAUUUUCACCAACCUUACUGAAGAACAACACGGCUAUCGCUUUUUUACUAUUAGCACAUUUAUUAUGAAAACCAGACAAUACAAGAAUCAGUGUGGGGGUUUAGUACUUAUCCAACAGCGGUUUCUUCCAUGAUUGUGCGCAUAUGUGUGGAUAUGGCGCCCCCUUGCGGUAAAAGUAACUUUUGCUCUCAGUCCACCCAGUCGGAGGCAGGUUUGGAUAAACUCAAUCUUCCAAAUAGCGUUAGUUUUGAGCAACAUCAAAUGCAGCGAGGGGUGUUUAUAUUUCAACCUUUGUUUUACUUAUACAAACACGUCUAAGGAUAGGCACGUGUAUUGUGCAGAACAUAAUACCUAAUUUUGCAGAUUUAAUAUGCUGUUUUUCUUUUUUUCCACAACAGUUUUACGGUCCUGUUGUGUCUACAGGGAUGUGGACUACAAAGAAAGCAAGUCCCGCCUGUCCCCGGCGCCCCCCCGGACCAGUCUCAACAUCGACCCUCCCGCCUGGGGAUUGGAGAGAGGCGUCAUGUCAGUAAAUAUUAGCCUCAUCACCCUCCCUCCUCUUCUCGGUGUGUACCAGGGGAACCGAGCCAGACAGUGACGGAUCGAUCAAACGCACCAGUCCUUACCUGCACCCACCUGGCUGCCUGGAAGGAAGGGAUGGAGGGGGGGAUGCAGCCCGCCGACGAAGGCCCCUCCGCUGCUAAGAUGAGACGCGGCGUCCCCGCCAGGAGCCUCCACAGCAAGCUACCGGCAGAGAAGUCGCGCCUCGACCGCUCCGCCGUCAUGGAGCCUCCGCUAUUUUGUGACGGUCGUCAGUUCGUCUUACAUUCCGGGCAGCCUCACCCAUUCCAGACGCAGCACUACCACCGUCAGAGGUUCUCCGGCGAGACCAGGCCCAGCUGCGGGGUCCCGACAUCCACCUCAGCGGUGGUGGCGACAGCGGGUGGCGCCGCUCUGGGUGCCCAUCAGAGAAGCGCCAUCAGCGGCAUAGCCGAGUCCAGAUUGUCCCCUGGACGUCUGAAGCAGGAGUCUCCAGACUGCACGUUUGGUAUAAGCUCAGAGAACCGGCUCAUCUUAGACGCCUUUGCCAAGGAAUGCAGUCGAGUCCUCAGCCUCCUCAACAACGGGCGUCUGCUGGAGCCCUCGCCGUCGUCCAAACCCUCAACCAACAUCAAGCUGGAGGAUGUGACCUUGGUCCAUCGUUGCUCCACACUGAGCAAGUCCAAGCCUGAAGAGAGCUCUUCCUCCUCCCCCACCGAGCCGGAGGAGGAGGCUCAACAAAGCCAUCUGAACCAACAACAGACCUCUGCAGUUCUCCGCAUCUUCACAGACUCCCUGCACAACUAUCUGCUCUCAGGGCAGCAGCAGCCACAGCAAGGCCGUCUGGUGGUGGGCAUGGAUGAGGAGCAGCAGUGCCACUCAGCGGAGCCCGUGUCUCCUCUAAGACGCACCCUAGGUGGAUGGGGCUCCCCGACACCAUCCGACUCAUACGGACACCCUUCUUCCACACUGCCCGAGGAGGACGACGAGGAGGAGAGCUGCUGCCCGCGUUGUUUGGAACUAGAGCAGGAGGUGUUGUCGCUGCAGCAGGAGAACGAGGAGCUUCGCAACAAGCUGGAGAAUGUCCCAGUUCCCUGUCAAGAUGUUCUUGACUACUUCAAGAAUGUUCUUGAGUUUCACAAUCAGCUGAUGCCGCCGAUACCAGAAGAGCAGCUCACAGAGGAAGAAGAGCAUCAGACGACAUUUGAGGGAAGCAAGCAGCUGCUGGAGAACUACCCGCUCUUCAUCACCAGCAAGCAGUGGGACGAGGCCGUCAACUCCUCCAAGAAGGACGGCAGGCGGCUGCUGCGCUACCUCAUCCGCUACGUCUUCACCACCGACGAGCUCAAGUUCUCCUGCGGCCUCGGCAAAAGGAAGCGCUCGGUCCACUUGAGGGAGCCGGGCCUGGAGAGGCGACCGCUCAACCCUGUCAAAGUCAGCUGCCUCAGAGAGUUCAUCCGGAUGCACUGUGCCUCCAACCCAGACUGGUGGAUGCCCUCGGAGGAGCAGAUCAAUAAAGUUUUCAGCGAUGCCGUCGGACACGCUCGGCAGGGCCGUGCCGUGGGCACGUUUCUGGGCACCGUCGGCGGCGGCGUUGGCGGCAUCUACAUGGACAGCUUUGAUGGACACCUGUCACAGGACGAGCUCUAUAUGAAAGGAUGUCACAACGGCCAGUUAGACUGAAAGCGGCGAACAACAAGAGCAUAUGCGGUCACUUUACACUCUUUUACUGUCAGUCAAUGAGAUGCUUUUAUAAUGGUUCCUCUGAGAUUUCAUUUGUUUUUAGAAUUGCAUGGUGUGUCAGAUUGAAUGCACUCAUGGGCGGUAUGGGCGGUAUAUAGCCCUGGUUGACAUCAUGAAAAAACAUUCCACCUGAGGUUAUUACAGGCCUCUUUUGAGUCAAAUUUGUAGCCUAAAAACACCCACAAAAAUCAUCUAACCCAGGUUAGACACUAAAAAGGGUUUUGUGCCACUUUUAAGUCUUCCAUUGUUAUUGUUCAAUUAUGUUACAAAGUGGGACAUUUGAGACUGUGGCAUGUCCUGACCGUUAACCCACAAAGCAUCUCCAUUACACAAAGUAACUUUAGAAUUGUUCCCCCCAGCAUAAAAUGUUUUUCCACCUCAUCCUUCGCUGUGAUGAAGCACCUUUAAAUGAGCGAUGAGCCCCGUUACCUGUGCACUUUUGCAUGAACAAUACUCAUGUGUCCUGUUUCUGCAGGUGAUGCGUCCUCAUUGGUCCUCUUUGGCUCUUUCAAGUGACUGACUCACUGCUGUGCUCACCCGUGCAGCUUCAACCAAAGCUCAAAAGGUCAAUGAUGUCUCCUAAAUUUGUUUUUAGGUAUGUCAUCUCCCCCCAGGUGCUGCUGCCAUAUACAACAAUGCCUUAAAUUUGACCUACGACCGGCUUAGCAGUAUUAUAGCAUGUAUGUCAUUACAAUGUUUGGCAGCCCCAACUGUAGCACAGCACAGCAUCUUUAUGUGCACUUUCCUCCUGUUAUCAAGGAGAUUUUCACUUCUCAGUCGUUAUUUUUGGCCAAUCUACAUCUGAAUGUACCAUUAGCCUCGUUAACAAUGUUGUGUACUUGAUGUGUAAUAUAAACCUCUGUGCGAGUGUUCCAGUUUUUUUUACUUACAAAAAAAAAAGCAAGUAGAAAAGUGCCACUGGAACCUUAAAAAGGUUGCGUUAUGUUGUUGUGCUCUGAAUGUGAACAUUUUAACUGUAU